CUUACACGUUCAGCACAAUGGCACCCUUAUUAUCGAAAAUAGUCGCGCUAUCGCUUUUCUUCGGUAGAGCCUUGGGCGAGCCCUGGCAAGUUAUCAACGCGGAUUUUCCCGACCCUAGCGUCAUCAAGACCGGCGAUGGAUAUUACGCCUUCGCCACUACUGGACACGGCGUCAAUACUCAAAUAGCCCAUUCCGCGGAUUUCAAAACAUGGAAGCGCUUGGAUGGCCAAGACGCGCUUCCGGGUCCUUUCCCUAGCUGGGUGAAUGGUAGUCAUCCAAAGGUCUGGGCGCCAGAUGUUAUCCAACGGGAUGACGGAACCUUUGUGAUCUAUUAUUCCGCUGCCACCAGCGGAACUCAUAGUAAACACUGCAUUGGCGCCGCAACCUCCAAGUCAGUUACCGGUCCCUACUCGCCGGAGAAAGAUGCACUUGCCUGUGAUAAGAGCAAAGGCGGUGCUAUCGAUGCUGCGGGCUUCAAAGAUGACGACGGCACAUACUAUGUUGUCUAUAAGGUUGACGGCAACAGCCUCAACGGGGACAGCGGGUACCACCCCACGCCGAUCAUGCUGCAAAAGCUAAAGUCGGAUGCCGUGACUCCUGAGGGAGACGCCGUGCAAUUGAUCGAUCGCGACGAGGCCGACGGGCCCCUGGUUGAAGCGCCUAGUCUCGUGAAGAGUGGUGGCCAGUACUAUCUGUCGUUCUCCUCAAAUUGGUACAACUCCCUAAAGUAUGAUGUUAGCUAUGCCGUCGCGUCGGCCGUGACUGGUCCGUACACCAAGGCGUCGGCUCCAGAUGCGCCGCUGCUGGUUUCUGGGGACAGCAGUAACGUCGGACCGUUGGGGGGUCCCGGUGGCUCUGAUUUCCGCGAGGAUAGAAGUGCUAUUGUGUUCCAUGCUUUUAACAAUGGGAAGAAUAUGACCAAGGGUCGUGGGAUGUGGGCAGCUAAUGUCAAGAUUGAUGGAGGAAAGAUCUCCAUCCAGUGAGUGAAAAACGGGUACGGGAAUCAAGGGUCUUGUAAUAAAUA